ACUCACAGUAACUUGUCAUUUUUGAAUCACAGAAUGGUUCCAUUUGGAAGAGACCUUAAAGAUACCUCAUUCCACCCCCUUCCCCUGCCAUGGCAGAGACACCUUCCACUGGAUCAGGUUGCUCAAAGACCUGUCCAGCCUGGCCAUGAACACUUCCAGAGAUGGGGAUUAUAUUCUGGAUGGGAUUAUUUUCUAUAAUUCUAAAAAUGGAGCACAUGAGACUUUAUUUGGUAUAAUGAAGAACUUUUUUUUUUUUUUUUUCCUUUUUAUAUAAUGAAACAGGUACGACAAGCAGAUAAGCAAUGUGCACUGCCCUGAGCCCGAAGGCACGUGGUCCUGGCCUCUCUGACAUGCAUCAGUACAGUCAAUGGCUUGCAAGUAGACAUGAGGCCAACCUGCUGCCAAUGAAAGAGGAUUUGGCCCUGUGGCUCACAAACCUUCUGGGUAGAGAAAUAACAGCAGAAACCUUUAUGGAGAAAUUGGAUAAUGGUGCCUUGCUUUGCCGGUUAGCUGAGACCCUGCAGGAGAAAUUUAAGGAAAACAGCUUUGAUGCAAACAAGCCUGGCAAAACCUUACCAGUUCGGAAAAUUCCAUGCAAAGCCAAUGCUCCUUCAGGGUCUUUUUUUGCACGGGACAACACAGCAAAUUUCUUAUCCUGGUGCAGAGAUGUAGGUGUGGAUGAUACCUGCCUGUUUGAAUCAGAAGGUUUAGUACUCCAUAAGCAGCCAAGAGAAGUGUGCCUUUGUUUGCUGGAACUUGGAAGAAUUGCAGCAAGGUUUGGUGUGGAACCUCCUGGAUUAAUAAAAUUGGAAAGAGAGAUUGAACAAGAGGAAACACUUUCAGCUCCCCUUCCAUCUCCUUCACCAUCACCCACAAAGUCUCCUGGGAAAAAGAGCACAGGGAAACUGUUGGAUGAUGCUGUUAAACACAUUUCUGAAGAUCCACCUUGUAAAUGCCCUACUAAAUUCUGUGUGGAGCGUCUUUCACAGGGAAGAUACAGAGUUGGAGAGAAGAUCCUUUUUAUUAGGAUGCUGCACAACAAACAUGUGAUGGUUCGUGUUGGAGGAGGCUGGGAGACUUUUGCAGGUUACUUACUGAAGCAUGACCCCUGCCGAAUGCUUCAGAUCUCCCGAGUAGAUGGGAAAACUUCUCCAAUCCAGAGCAAGUCUCCAAACCUCAGGGACAUGAAUCCAGACAAUUAUCUGGUUGUUUCUGCCCACUACAAAACCAAGAAAGAGAUUAAGUGA